GUCUGCUUUCACUUCACUUCCCCUUGUGUUGUUACUGGCUUCACUGAACGAGGUCAGUUGACAGCCUGUCAUCGCAGCCAACAUGCUGUCCCGUUCACGAUGUUUUUCGCGGACAUUUGGACGUUCUGUUUCUGUGUUGUCACAGAGUAAUAAGGGCCUUGGACAACGGACGGUGUCGGGCCUCUCUUCAGGCAUCCAGAUUGUUUACAAGAACAGUCAAACAUGCGAUCCCAAGCCGGUCUCCAGUGUCUCCCACAUCAGAUACUUCAGGACUUCUACAUGCUACAAGAACGAAGUCGUCACGGUAAACACACCCGCCUUCGCAGAGUCUGUCACAGAGGGAGAUGUCAGGUGGGAAAAAGCUGUUGGUGAUACCGUGGCGGAAGAUGAAGUGGUGUGCGAGAUUGAGACUGAUAAGACCUCUGUGCAGGUGCCCUCCCCUGCGGCUGGCGUGAUUGAGGAGCUUCUGAUCCCAGAUGGUGGAAGAGUGGAGGGUGGACAACCCCUGUUCAAACUCAAGAAAGGAGCUGGAGCCCCCAAGGCUGCUGCUGCACCCCCCCCUCCAGCACCGAAAGCUGAGGCGCCAGCAGCGGAUGCUGCACCGACACCUGUCAUCACGCCAAUCCCAACUGCCAUGCCACCUGUGCCCCCUGUGCCAGGCAAAGCUGCUGAUGCCAGACCUGUGUCUGCAGUGAAGCCCACCACAGCUCCAGCAGCCGCGGCCGCCACUGCUGCUACCACAGGAGCCAGGACAGAGAGCAGGGUGAAGAUGAACCGAAUGCGUCUGAGGAUUGCGCAGCGUCUGAAGGAGGCCCAGGAGACCUGUGCCAUGCUGACCACAUUUAACGAGGUGGACAUGAGCAACAUCCAGGAGAUGCGUAAACUGCACAAAGACGCCUUCCUCAAAAAACACAACAUCAAGCUGGGCUUCAUGUCUGCUUUUGUGAAAGCUUCUGCUCACGCUCUCACCGAGCAGCCUGCUGUCAACGGAGUUAUUGAUGACACCACCAAAGAAAUUGUGUAUAGGGACUAUGUAGACAUCAGUGUGGCCGUGGCAACACCAAAGGGGCUGGUGGUGCCGGUCAUCCGCAGCGUGGAGACCAUGAACUUUGCUGACAUUGAGAAAACCAUCAAUGCACUGGGAGAGAAGGCACGUAAGAACGAGCUGGCCGUGGAGGACAUGGACGGAGGCACCUUCACCAUCAGCAACGGAGGCGUGUUUGGAUCCAUGUUCGGCACGCCCAUCAUCAACCCCCCGCAGUCGGCCAUCCUGGGCAUGCAUGGCAUCUUUGACAGGCCCGUGGCCAUUGGGGGCAAGGUGGAAAUCCGGCCCAUGAUGUACGUGGCGCUGACGUAUGACCACCGGUUGAUUGACGGCAGAGAGGCGGUGACUUUCUUGCGCAAGAUCAAGGCCGUGGUGGAGGACCCUCGUGUUCUGCUCCUCGAUAUGUAACCUCAGGGGGUCUCCUCCUAAUAUAUAACUACACACUAUUAAACACACGUGAUGCCAACUCGACACGCUGUGACAAUUUGUGGACUUGUGUAGCCCUCCAGAGCCUUUCUAAAUGACGUUGAGGCCAUGACACGUAUCACACUGAUGUAAGAUAAGGAUAACACAAACAAGGAAUGGUUAUUUUCACAUGGGCUAUAUGUUAUAAAGGGACUGCAUUAAAGGUACCAUAUCUUGCUAGUAAGUAAGGGCCCUUUAAACUACAGUAGUGUACCAGCUCUCAUACUUUCUUUAGAAAAGCGUUAAAUGAACGACUGCACAAUGUCCUAGCAGGUGAUAAUGAGGAGGGGAAAAAUGUCCGCGUUUUGACUGCAGUUACAGCUGGUAUCAUGUUGUGUUUGAUGGUGACAUUAUGCUGAGAUUGUUCAGGCCUCUUCAAAAUAUGGCUUGUCUAAAUUAUAUAAAGUUACUCCCUCCAAAUAGCAGAACAAUGCAUCAUCUUCAUGCUCCAAUGCUCAGAUUUCACAGCAAUUGUAAAAGAAGAAAUGUAAAGGUCUUUUUUUUUUUCUGUAGUCAGAAGAGGUGGUUCGACACAUGACACCUGAUGUUCCACUCAAAGAAAACAUCAUACCUUUCCAUACCUUAUCUAUAUCCUGCUCAAAGUACGUCCAGUUAAUCCGUGAAACUUGACAUUACACACUCACACACAAAGCAUUACACACACUCUUAGCCCAAACAAGUUGGGAGUAGUGCAAGUGUUUCAUCUGCGGCAGUUGUGGUCUUUCAUUGGCUGUUUGGUACUAUUGUGUAACUCAAACUGCAUAGCAAGUCUUGCCACAAAGUCUUCACAUUUCAUCCAAUUGGAACAGAUCUAAAUGCACAACCCUUUAAAUGUCUGAACAAACAUGUUUGUGUGGUAACCUUUAUAGCAUAAAUGGCCUUUGCUUUA